AUGUUUCUCUCGCCCUUCCUUAUCCUUGCUUCACUCGUUUAUACCACCCUGGCCCAGCAGAGCAAUACAAAUCCGACAGUCGAUGGUAAUGAAGAUGAUGGCUGGCAGAGUUUCCCGGAUGUCGUUGAUGCUACCGGGUAUCCUCGCUGGGUUGUCGAUGAGGACCUCGGUGCCUACUUGCCUGUGUAUCAAACGUCUGGUUUGAAUACGACGGAGGUCACAAGGGCAGUCAUUGUCCUACAUGGAAAGCCUCGGGACUGCUGGUAUUAUUUCAAUGCGAUGAACAACGCGCUUUACAACGCCACUUAUGACGACCCAACCAUCAUCCGAGAACAUAUAUCCAUUAUGGGCCCGUGUUUCUUCGACGAAGACGAUCUAAGCGCGGGAGCGGCUGAAGAAGGUCAGCUCCUCUGGGGAAGGACGACGUGGAUCAGUGGGCAUACGAAUGUAGCACCUGACUCUAUAUCUGACUAUAGCAGCCUCGAUGUCCUCGACUCGCUCGUAGCUUAUUACAUGAACAAGACUGUCUAUCCAAAUCUGGAGGUCGUGGUCGUUGGAGGACACUCAGCUGGUGCCCAGAUGGCCCAGCGUUACGCUGCUCUGAGAAUCUCGACUGACGAUGAUGAUCGGUUGCAUUUUUGGGUCGCGAAUCCUGGAUCUCUGGUAUGGCUUACGUCAGACCGUCCGGUCUCCGUUGACGAUUGCGAUGGGGUGGACGACUACAAGUACGGGUUGGCAGAUAACUUCCCUGCGUACGCGACUGCGAAUGCCCGUGAACUGGGAAGGUCUGGAAUCGUUGAGAGGUAUAAUGGGCGCAAUAUGAAUUACGCCUGGGGACUGACCGAUUACGCCAACGGAGAUGACAGAUGUGAGGCAUCAGCUCAAGGGAAGAAUCAUAUAAGGAGGGGAAAGAACUUUGUCAAGAUGCUGAAAGCCAUGGGAGGCAUACCUAACCUUACAACUGUCGACUGGGCCGCAAACAUUGGACAUUCCAAUGAGGGAAUGAUGACAAGCGAAGGGGGGAUUGAUAAGUUAUUCCGAUAUGUGUCGAACAGCACAACCUCCUAA